AUGGGACAGCAGACGUCCAGGAAAAGUGGAGAAUGCACCUGUGGUUGUGGAGCCUGGGAAAGAAGACGCUAUGCUGAAUCACCCUCCAGUGUCCAGAGAUAUGUGAGCGCUGUAACAGACAGGCGGAGCCGCGUGCUGUCCAGAUCCUGAACCAACUCAUUUUUCAAAUAGAGCACUUAAAGAAAUCAUUUUAUAAAAAUGAUCUUCAUGGCUUCUAA